AUGCUCUGUCCAAGAGGCCAUGCCACAACUUCCGAAGGAAAGAAGCUGCGCCUCUUUUCCAGGUACGACUGCGAUGUUUGUCAUCAAAAAGUGUCGGAACGAGGUGGAAUGUACCACAAGUGCAUGGCCGGCUGUGACUUUCGCGUGUGUGGAAUGUGCAAGAAAGAGGCGGAGAAGAGCAACUACUUUGUCGAACCCUGCACUUUUGCAUUUCCAAGUGGCCUUGGGCCCUUUGAGAUUCGGCGCACCCGCUUGCAGUCCCAUGAUUUGAUUGCUCUACGCCGUGCCAAUGUGGGGGAUUGGGCUUUGGGGGAGACCUUUUUCCAAAGCGCUCCAAGCCUUCGGAAGUGCUGGGGUGCAUUAUUGCAGAACGGAGUAGUCGUGGAGGGUCCAGGUGGCCAAAGAUAUAUUUCUGUUCAAAUGUCACCAAUCGCGACUGUGCGCCUCUCCUUGGAAGUGCGCGAGGCGAACAAGAUCCCCGAUGUUCCUGGGGUCAUGGUGGCGUGGAUGUAUGCUUUGCAGCUUGAGUGGUCUAUGAUUCUCAGCAUGAUGGAUGAGAAUCAAGAUGAUGCCUCUGCCGAGUGGUCUUUCCUCAAGCUGGGGGGCCUAGUUUACUUUCAGCAAAAGGAGGACCAACGAUCUUUCCAGGUGCUUUGUGCAAACUCGAUUGCUUUUCAUCCACGUGGUUGCAUGCAGUUCUCUGCUGCCCAGCCAUGGUGCUCCGAGUGGACGCAAAAAUUGUCCCGCAGAUUUCACAAGGUCACAGCACAAAAGUGGGCAAGUGCCGGUGCUCGUUAUGUUUGUUGGGUUUGUCCCGAAGAGAAGAUCUUGAGACCCGGUGCUCGCAACGGUGGCUUCGCAUUUCUCUUCCAUGAGCUCGAUGAAGAAGAUGUGGCGGGUCAAGACCGUUUUUUUUUGAGGUUGUGGGCAAGCCUCUCCGCCAAGGUCACGGCUAUCAAGGCCCACAAACAUCACAAGUCCAGCACGUGGAAUCCAUGGAAUCCCAAACAGCCUUGUCCUACCGAGUGGUGGGGGAAGUGCCAGUGA